AUGGUGUGGGUCUUCUACCAACAACAGUAUUACACUGGUGUGAGAUCAGAUACAUCAUUAGCACUUUGGAUGUCUGUUGCACAAUCCCUGCUCCUUCUCAGGAUGUCCUCGAGAAGAUUGCGGUAUGAUGCAAUUCUUGAUGUAGAGUAUACGGCAGUGGUGGUUCAAAGAAUAGAAAAAAGCUUGGAAGAUAAUCCAAUGAGCAAGGGGGUGGCAGAACGUGGAAAAUGUACCAACACUCCCUAUUUUUCUUUCGUGGAUUUGGUUGACCUCCCCCCCUCCCCCUGCUACUAUAUAAGGAAGCUGGGCGGCAGCCUGCCAGUCACUGGAAACUCACAAACCUUCAACUCACAGUUGAAAAUGCUUUGCAUACAAAUCUUUGCAUGGAGGAACAUAUAUUAUGUGACAGAAAGCGCUCAGCCAUGGCGUACAAAGCAGCUUUGUCUCUGCUUUCAUCAACAAGAGCCUUCAAUAAAUUCUUUCUCUCUUAAGGAGUUUGUUUGGAGCUUUGAAUACAGCCUGAACACAAUUUUGACAUCGUCACUAUUUUUUUUUCGGCCUUCGGCCAGAGCCCCCUCCCUCCCAGCCAGUGUUCAGGAUCCACAUUCCGCCACCCCCUUGCCAAUGAGCCCAGCUUGGAACCCAAGCUCACAUACCCCCUGCUGUGGCAAUGAUGAUAAUUAUGUUUCUGAUUCAAUGUCAAUAUAUACUGAUGCAAUUUUGGCAGGGCCUCCUCUGUAUUGGCUCAAAGAUGGCUGCUUUGCCACCAUGAGACUGAGUCUUCGUCUGAUCAACACCUGCCCAAAUUUCCAUGAUGGCAAGUACUAA